UCGCUAUCGUCUUCGUCGUCGCCAUCUUGCGACGAAAGUGAAGUGCACACCUUGGGGCUCCGCCUGUAUAUCUUGGGAGUUUCCUCACUCCCAAGACUCUGUUUAGUUUUCCUGUGACCCUGCACACCUUCCUCGCCCUCCUAGCCUGUGUUCUAUAAGGAUACAGCGCCACAUUACUGUUUGUGUGUGUCAUAAUGGCUUGCUAAACACCAAGAUGUCUAGUGGUGGAUGUGUACUCGGUAGCGGAGUCUACUCCCUCCUGCGUACCUGUGUGGCUGUGUUGGUGUAUGGACACAACGACGCCUUCCACUGCUACUACUGCUGCCAUGGACAAGAACAACAAGGUGCCCAGGCUGCCUCAGCUGACUGUUAAAACUACCAGUCAAGAAGCUGUUGGUAGAGAAUAUGGUGGGAAAAAAUCAGCGCCCCAACAUGCUCGGAAACGGGAGUAUGACCGUCCCGACUCGGGGCGGAAACCGGUGGCCGGGCGCGGUGGGCGGACGGGCCAGCGGUAUGUCCGUCCCCGGGAGAAGAUGGGUGGCAAGGUAGAUGGCGGCACUGGCACGUCGGAAUCUGGGUCACUGUACUGCACGGGUGGCAAGAAGCAGAACAUCACGCACCUGAUGAACUGGUGGGGACCAGGUCACAGGUCGCAUGGUAAUCGUAGAGGAGGCGGAGCUCAAGUGAAACGCUACUCCUCGCACGCCCCCAAGUACAGCAAGGAGCAUUAUCUGCAAGCCAACUGUCAGUUUGUGGUGGAUGACCAAGAGGAUUAUUCCCUAUACUCUGCCAAUCAGGACCUGCUCGUUGAGUGGAGGUUUGUGGAGGAAGUGAGGCUCCACGUCUCUGAAGCACCGGCCUGCCCCAUCUGCCUCCACCCGCCUGUUGCUGCUAAGGUAACUCGUUGUGGACACAUCUACUGUUUCCCGUGUGUGCUGCACUACCUUGCUCUCUCAGACGAGAAGUGGAGGAAGUGCCCCAUAUGUUAUGAACCUGUUGUCAAGGAGGACCUCAAAAGCGUGGUCGCCAUAUGUCACAAGGAGUUUGGUAUCGGUGAGGAGAUCGAGUUACAACUGAUGCGUCGGGAGCGUGAUUCUCUCGUGCCGGUGCCCGCAGUCUUGUACAACGAAGAGAUCAUGAACACAGCUACCCGUAUCAGCCAUCCUACUGCUGCCACUCCUUACGCAAAACUACUACUAGCAUCUAAGGACGAGGUAAGAUCCCACAUCCUCAUGAGAGAGAAGAGGGACUUAGAAGCUCAGCUUGUUGAGGAAGGUGACCAGCCUGAGGCUUGUUUCAUCGAUGAGGCGCUGUCGCUCCUCCGAACCCGCCAAGAUUCCCUCAGUUCUGACUCUGAUGUCGGGGAACUCCUUAUUAAGGCUGAGGAAGGACUGGAAGCCAUGUCACUUUCCAGUCCGGAGGAACCAUCGUCAGGCGACAGUGUCUCGUCAGUGGAGGAGCCUUUGAGUCUAGUUUCUCCGACCAACGGGGAGACGACAUUUUUAAGUAGGUCUCCAGCACUAGACAGUAAUCAGCAAGGUGGUGGAACAGAUAAGCCAACCAUUACUGUUGAGGAUCUAGACAUCUCGCAACUCCAGCCAAUGAAUCAAAACACCCAGGGAGGUCAGGCACCUCGCAAUGCUCCAAAAUCUACUUUCUACUUCUACCAAGCAAGCAAUGGGGCACACAUCUACAUGCAUGCUGUUAACGUGCAGAUGCUGGUGCAGGAAUAUGGUGCCUUGGAGAACUGCCCUCCUAUCAUUGUAGCCAAGGUGGUGGAGAAGGAAUCUGUGUCCAUGACUGAGGAUCUCCGGCUGCGUCUGAGGUACUUACGACACUUGCCAGUUACUUGCUGUUUCGACGUUGUGGAAGUGUCAUUCCGGCACCCUGUUGUGUCCAAAAUGACUACAGCAAUGUUCCAGGAGCAGAUUCAAUAUAGGCAGUGGAAGCGGAAUGAACGUGCCCGUGAGGAAUGGAAAAUAGAAAUGCGAGUGCGGGCGGAGGAGGACCGCAUGAUGGGACGGAGCAAAGCAGCGACCAACCUCAAGAUAGAAUCCUUGAGACACUUCCCAUCUUUUGGUGAAGACUUUCCUGCCGGACCAAGCGGGGAGGUCAACGAGGGGGCGAACACUGCUGGUGGCGGUGAAGUCAUUGGCAGUGAAGCAAGUACCAGUCCCAGCAGUGAUGUAGUGACCAGCUCCUCUGUAGAGGGAACCACCACUGGCAUGUCUUUUGCGAAGAUGAUCCGAGAAGGUCAGACACGGGUGCAACACUCCAGCAGUGAACCUGUCAACAUAACGCGUGGGGUUUGGCCGACUCUUGGGGGACCAGCCUCACGACCCACCGAGCUCCCCUCGUGGAACAGUGGAGGCACGCGCAGCAGGAGACGGGUACCUCAGUUGAGCGAGUCCUCUACAAACGACGGCAAUUGCACGGAGGAAGAGGAGAGAAACUUAGCUGUGCCGGAGUUUAAGCACGCUUUCAGUGAUGCUGUAGCCAAGGCUCUAGAUGCUGCAGCCAAGAAAUCUGCAGCCAAAGCCGAAGAAAAUGAAGACAUUGGCAGGAGGGGGAAGAAGAAGAAGAAGCACAAGGUGCUGUUAUUCUCCUCGGGAGGACUGAACUGACACCACCUCCAGCGUGGGGGGUGUUAUCUAGUGUUACAUGGGCUGAAUUACAUCCUAAGUUUAUUGAUUACGGACUUUAUUUUACCCAGUUCAUUGCUAUGACUGUCACUGUUAAAAGUUGUCACAUAACUUGGUUGCGAGGUACAGCAGCCAUAUGUGAAUACGUUUUUUGUUUUAUAUGUUGGGUAAAAUAUGCAUUGAUUAGUAUCCUUUAUUUUUUAUAAAUUGUGGUGAAAUUUGCAGUUAGCUACUUCAUGUGUAGUCGGGUGUUUUAACCUUUACAGUUUAUUUGCAUCACAUUAAUUGCCAUUUACUUUAGUGUCUUUUACUAUAUUGCCUGGUACUGUACUCUCUAUUUUCCUAACUGCUAACUACGCCUUGCUGCUGUGAUCAUGCGUGUGCUGCCGGUAACUUGGGACAUUUCGAACAUACUGUAUUAGUGUCAUCAUUAUUAUUAUUAUUUUGGGUAUACUAUGGUACCCAAAAUUUUCACAUCCAAUUGCACUGUUUUAAUAUAUGAAGACUUUUGGUUAAUUAUUUAUCUUAUUACAGUAAUGUUAGGAUAUUUUGUCACAGAUUGUACAGUAUGCUGGCUCUUUUUCAGUAAAGUAUUUAGGUUACGGAAGUCUAGUAAUAAAUAGCCUUUUACUUUAAUUUUUGUAUUUUGUAAAAUAUUCAUGGAUCUUUUGAUUAAAAUUACAGUGAUACACCUGCAUAAUACAGUAAUACUCUGUAGAAUUAUAGGAAAUAUAUGUAACUAAUUAAACUUUUUCCAUCAUGCAUUGAGUUUCCUGUGGGGUUAAAAAAAUUACUACAGUGUAUUAAAAAAAUUGUUCCCCAAGGUUAAUGCUAUAAAUGCAGAAAUAGACAAUUUUACUUAAUGUUUUAGUUUAUUUGUUUCAACCUAUUUAUGACUGUAAAUGGUCAACUGUGUGGUGAUCUCUCAUAGGUACCCAGUACUUAGUUAUUGGACACAUGAAGCAGGUACUGUAGUAUUGUAUGUGAGGUUGUGGCUUGUAUUUGGGCAUACUUAACACUUUAAAAAUUGGUAUGAUUUUGUGUUUUUUCUGUUGCUCUUACAUCUCAUCCAUGGCAUAUGUAAGUCUAUACCAUUAUGUAGCGGCACCUGUUGCUUCCAUAGCCACUUAAAUAAACUGUAAAAAUCCA